AUGUUCGCAGCCCUCAAUAUCGACCGAAACAACAUCUCCAACGCCGUAUCCGAUAACAUGCUCGACGAUCUUGGUUUGACCCGAGGCGACUAUAACCUGGGUCAAACGAUUUCCCGAGUUGGCUUUCUGGUUGCCGAGCUUCCAUCGCAGCUGAUCUCCAAGCGCAUUGGUCCCGAUCUAUGGAUACCUAUCCAAAUUUGCCUAUUCUCUAUCAUCUCUGGGGCACAAUUCUUCCUGAAGGGUCGAGCAUCCUUCCUUGCAACAAGAUACUUGAUCGCAACCUUCCAAGGAGGGUUUAUCCCGGACACGAUUCUUUACCUGAGUUACUGGUACACCGGCACCUCGCUCCCGAUUCGAUUGGCAUGGUUUUGGAUGUCUUCGCAACUGGUCGACAUCGGUGUUGGAUUCGCUGCUGUCGGUCUUGUUUCUAUGCGCGGUAUCUUGGGCUAUGAGGGUUGGCGUUGGUUGUUUCUUAUCGAAGGCGCGUUCACUUUCUGUGUGGGACUUUGCUCAUUCUUCCUUAUGCCUCAAUGCCCUGCCAAGACGAAGAGCUGGUGGAAUCCGAAAGGCUACUUCAACGAGAAGGAGGAGAAGAUCAUCGUCAAUUCUGUCAUCCGAGACGAUCCGCAGAAGGGUGGCAUGUACAACAGGCAAGGUCUGUCUGUCAAACAGAUCUGGGAAUGCUCCAAGGAUUACGACAUGUGGCCCUUGUUUGCUCUCGGCUUGCUCUUCGGCUUGCCCAAGUACCCCGUCAACCAAUACCUCACCUUGUCGCUCCGAGAUCUCAAGUUCAACGUCAUCCAAACCAAUCUGCUUUCGAUCCCGUGGAUCAUCGGAUCUAGUAUCACAAUGUUGGCCAUCACAGCUGCGAGCGAGCUAUGCAAUAACCGAAGUUUCGUCGCCAUGGCCGAGGAUGCUUGGCUGCUCCCAUGCUUCAUCGCCCUGAUCGUGAUCGCGAACCCAAGCCCCUGGGCGUACUUUGCGAUUGCGACGGUGUUGUUGUCCUUCCCUUACACGCACCCCAUUCAAGUUGCCUGGACCAGUAGGAACGCUGGAUCCGUCCAGAACAGAACAGUGUCUGCGUCCCUGUACAACAUGUGGGUUCAAGUCAGUGGUAUGAUCGGCGCAAACAUCUACCAACCAAGUGAUUCCCCUCGAUACUUCAAGGCCAACAAGGGCCUGUUAGUCAUUUGCAUUUGGAUGUGUGUGGUGCAAUACCCCUUCACCUACUUCUACUACCGGUGGAGGAAUAAUAGCAAAGCCAAGAAGUGGGAUGCUAUGACACCAGAGCAGCAACACGACUACCUUGCGAAUACUACUGACAAAGGGAACAAACGGCUCGACUUCCGAUUUGCUACGUGA